AUGUUGGUGGCUUCUGCUUUAGGCAUCAACUGCGAAGGAGUCUUUGUCGAAAGCGAAGCCAGUGUCAGCGCAAAAGACCAGGUUUCCUUCCCUCCGACUGAUAAAAGCCUUAUGGAUUCACAUGGAAUUUCUUAUGGGGAGGAUGCUUCAUCUCAAAAGGCGCACUUUUUCCUUAAUUUCUUGUGCGUAUAUUGCAUCUGGGUGGCCUUUCUUGCAAGGGUGGCAACGGCAUAUUCAUUUGAUAGCAUUGUGUUGAAUGCAUCCGGUAUAGAUGACACUUUUAACAGAAUAUUGGUAGCUUGGAGUGGCAUUGGGGAGACUUGUGUCUAUGUUACUUCUAAAAAAGAUGAAGGCCUCUUUCUUAGACUCAAGCAAGGUGGUGAGGAUGUUGCAAGAGAAAAUAUAGAAGUGCUUUUUAUCAAUAAGCUAGAAGAGCUGCCCAUCACUCUUUGCCGUUUCAGUAAAAUGGCAGUCCGUGACAUAUCAGUCAUGAAUGUUGUAUACGAAAUGAAACCUUCCCGUGAAGAAGAUUUUUCAAAGAGAGGUGCGUUCCCCAUGUACCCUACUCAAAAUGGAUUGAUGUUUGUUCCUCUCACAUUCGAUCUACCUUUAGCAUCUCAAAUACAAGAAGUGGAUGUGAUUCUCCAUAAAGCAACUGAUGAAAUUGUUGAUAAUUUCCAUGAGCAGAAUCUUGCGGAAAGACUAUUGGAAGCUCAACUGUACUUUCCAAAUAUUGUAAAGCCACAAGUUGCUUGUGGAGUGGCUGAUGCUCAUAGCAUGCUUUGA